CCGAUUACCACUUUCUCUGUACUCUCUUGGUCCUUUCUGUUGCUGCGUCUCCGGCAUUUGAGGGCUAUUUGCACCGCGAAACUGUCGGAUCGUGCUACAGAUGCGGGUGUAGCCUGGUGACUGCUCAGGAACUGGUUACCUUGUCUCGACAUUUUACCCUCAGCCUUUAUUCUCUUUCAAGGGCCUAUUUCGGAUUCCGCUACCUGUAGAUCGGCAGCAAUGUCUUCAACGACGGAAGUAUCUCUGCGCAUUGUCGAUGUCGUUGACGACAAGGGACAAUCCACCAUGAUGCCGGAUAGCAAUCUACCACCGACUAAGAACGUCGACAUUGCACCCUGGGAGGAGCCGCCUUCGCCGCCUGCAAAGCGGACCUUCGGAUUUUCGCACAAAUCCUCGUUUUCUUCUUUCCGGCAGGGGAGUAUUGGAAACAUAUCUAAUCGCGCCAGCCGUCCAUCCGAAUCCCAUAGCUUGCUCAGCAUACCAGACAGCGCCAGCACCAGCGCCAGCAUGCUCGACACCUCUCUUUUCACCCAGGCGCCUCAGCUUCGCAAGUCCAAGUCGUCCGUUUUUCGAAAUCUUAUUCGUCCGCAGCGAUCUAGGGGGGCUUUACGCUCAAGCUCAGAUGAAGCCGAGCAUCCGUCCCUUCUGCCCCCUCCCGUUCCCAGUCCUCAGUCCUACUUCCUUACCAUUGGUUCUUCUCCCUCCUCGCUCUCACCUAAACACGGUUUGAGGAAGAAGAGAAGGAAGAAGGACGCUCUGGAGACAUUGGAGGUUCCGCCCACGCCGCCACCGAAAGACGAUGAAUUGCGGUUAGACACCAACUUCGAGGACCUCGACGGCAUUGUAGAUCCUGCUUUAUGGGCCAAGAGUGACUCUCCAACUUCUCCCAGUAGUGGCGGACAUUUCAACUUCAAUCAUUCCCGUAGCCACUCGUCCGAUCACAGCACUCUCAGUUUACACGUUGGACUUCCGCCACUGUCCCAUUCCGAUUUUAACAACCCUUUCAAACCUCAGAAUCCUUCUCAUCCUCCACGCACUUCUUCAAUGGCAACCGUCAGACAAAUGCAUGGCAGUUUUAUGGACCGUAAAGUAUCGCCCAAGACCAUUACGAUGCGUGUGGCACCUCAGCCCAUUGUUAUCAGACCCCUUUCACCGAAUGAAGAGGCGGAUGAUUCCAAACCUUCAUGGGUCGCACCCGAAAGCUGGGCCGUGCAAGCAGAAGGCGAGGAUCCCGAAGAAGGUUAUUCGAGCGAGGAUAAUAUUGCCCAGCCGUUACCAGAUGAUACGGUAGCCUCAAAGACCUCAAUAUCCCUUAUGUCUAUGAGCAGUAGCAAUGGUUCCGUACAGAGUCGGAGAAACAUUGACGACAGCCUUCCCGCGAGCUUAAAUCCGCACAGAAACCAGACUCGGAUCGCCAAACAAGCGUCAAAUGGGAUUCCUAAGUCUUUAAUUCACCCUGAGGCGCAUAAAAACUACACGAUCCGUAUUUAUCGCGCCAACAACAACUAUCAUGUCGUACAGGUCGGGUUUCAGGUAACGGUUGCUGCGCUGACGCCGAAGCUUAACGCAAAAUUAUUAUUGGGUGCAGACAGGGAAACACAUCGAUUGUAUCUAAAGGAGCGAGGCAGAGAACGUGUUCUGGCCCAACAGGAGCGACCGGCGGAAAUCGUGCAACGGCGGCUGUCACAGGCUGGUUACGACAUGUCAGACGGGGUGGAGCUGCUCGGAGGAGGGGAAGGGCUGUCUUUCCUGUUAAGAUUUGUGUAUAAGAGUCAAGUCCUCGGUCCAGCAGAGAAGGAUAUCAAUUUCGACAACUACGAGUAUGUCGAUCUCACAUCACGCAGCUUACGCGCAAUUCCGGUCGAUUUGCAUAAACACGCCGAUUCUAUUGUUUCCCUAUAUUUAUCACGCAACCCCAUGUUGGAAAUACCCCUCGACUUCAUCCAAGACUGCACUACUCUCCGUGAAUUGCGGCUGUCACAUAUGGCUAUGAAGAAAGUGCCUCAUAGUGUCAAAUCCAGCGUUACCCUUCAUAGACUCGACUUGUCCUGUAAUCGCAUUGCUGACCUCGAUGAUGCAUACCUGGAUCAUAUACCCGACCUUCAGUAUCUUUAUGUGCAGAACAACCGCAUAGAGAAGCUGCCGUGGUACUUUCCCCGACUUCGAAAUCUCACUACGCUGAACAUUUCUAAUAACCAAUUCGCCACACUACCCGAAGUCGUGUGCGAAUUAAGCAAUCUGAAGGAUUUGGACAUUUCCUUCAACUCAAUUUCGGAAAUUCCGGACGAGCUUGGAAAUUUGCGAAAUCUUGAACGACUGAUCAUUGUCGGGAACCAAGUCUCCAAAGUGCCUCAUGACUUUUCCAAACUCGUCAGUCUGAAGCAGUUUGAUUGCCGAAGGAAUCAAGUGGCGGAUUUAACGGUGAUAUGCAUGUUACCCCGCCUGGAACGACUCAGUGCAGAUCAUAACUCCGUGCAUGCGCUGGAGGUGGCACUUGGGCCCCAUCUCACUUCGCUUGAUGCCUCGCACAAUGCCAUAACGCAAUUUUCGCUGAUACCGGGUCCCAUCGGACAAUCUCCCUAUGCCUUGACAUCCCUUGAUGUUUCGUAUGCGAAACUUUCCGUGCUUGACGAAACUGUACUCGGCCAACUAACAUCCCUCCGCUCACUGAAUCUCGACCACAAUUCAUUCCGAUAUAUCCCUAACUCAUUAGGUGAACUGCAAUGGCUCGAGAUCCUUUCCUGUGCAGAUAACUCUCUCGACUCCCUGCCGGAUUCUAUCGGACGUUUGCAAAAACUGGAAACGCUAGAUGCUCACAACAACAGUCUGACGGAACUUCCUGCAUCAAUUUGGCAGUGCGCGUCUCUGUUGAAGAUCAACAUGACGUCGAACUUGCUUAACAUCUGGCAUUAUCCAGCAAGUAUGAGCGUCGGAGCAAGAAGCUCAUCUGGGGAUAUUUCCAUUGUGACGGAGAGGAAAACAUCCACGGCGUCUCUAACUCACUGUAGUAUGCCACCGCUGGCGUAUUCAUUAGAGAAGCUGUAUUUGGGAGAAAAUCAGUUCACCGAUGAAGUUCUACUUCCCUUAACGAUAUUUAGGGAGCUUCGGGUCCUGAAUCUCUCCUUCAAUGAGAUUCAAGAUCUACCUGCGACAUUUUUCCGGUAUCUUACGAAACUGGAGGAGUUGUACCUAAGUGGAAAUAAGCUGACGGCUAUUCCAACGGAGGAUCUUCCUAAGUUGACGAAGCUUUCUGUAUUGUUCUUGAAUGGGAACAAAUUACAGACACUGCCUCAGGAGCUGGGGAAGAUCAAGUCAUUAAUGACUUUGGAUGUGGGAAGCAACAUCUUGCGUUACAAUAUCAACAAUUGGGAAUUCGAUUGGAACUGGAAUUUCAAUAAGAACCUGAAAUAUCUCAAUCUUUCUGGGAACAAGAGGCUACAGAUCAAGGCUGAUUCCAGACUUCUUGCGAACCACCGUUACAGUCGCGAUUUGAAUUCUAUCAGUCGACAGUCACUGGCGGGCUUCACUGACCUGACGCAGCUUCGCGUGCUGGGACUCAUGGACGUUACCAUCACUACUACAGGGUCAAAUGCCAGCGUUGAUAUUCCCGAUGAGAACGACGACCGUCGAGUCCGAACGUCGCUUUCCACUGUUAUGGGUAUGGGAUAUGGCAUCGCGGACACUCUGGGAAAGAAUGAGCAUCUCAAUAUGCUUGAUCUCGUUCAUGAGUUUCCCGGUCGCCCAGGAGAGUCGGUGUUUGCAAUGUUCGGACGAGCGCAGCCUCCGAAGGCGCUUGCAAGUGGUGCAAGCUCUAAUCGGCUAGCAAAGUACCUGCACGACAGAUUCAUCGAGGUCUUCAUGACCCAGCUGAGCUCACUGAAUGCCCAGCAUAGUGAAGGAGUCCCGGAUGCUUUGCGCCGCACAUUUCUCAAGCUCAACCAAGACUUGCAUGACUCUCUUUUCUCUUCGAAUGGAAAGUUGUCUGGGAGCUCCAGCCCCGGCAGUGUUUCUCAUUCACACGACGCCUUCUUGACGCGGAGCGGUGCAUCCGGGGUUGUGCUGUAUUUUGUUGGGAAGACAAUGUAUGUUGCAAACGCGGGUAAUGCGCUAGCGGUGGUCUCCAGAGGUGGCAAUGCGCAGUUGUUGUCUACGAAGCAUGACCCGUACGACAGAGAAGAGACGAAGCGUAUACGAAAAGCUGAAGGCUGGAUAUCGCCUCCUGGACUGGUCAAUGACGAGAUCGACAUUUCGCGGUCGUUCGGUUUCUUCCAUCUUCUUCCCGUUGUCAACGCCCGCCCAGAUGUACAUUCGUUGGAGCUGAACGACUUGGACGAGUUUGUCAUCAUUGGGAAUCGGGGCCUUUGGGAUUACGUAUCUUAUCAGACGGCCAUUGACAUUGCCCGACGAGAACGAGGCGAUCCUAUGAUUGCUGCACAGAAGCUGCGCGAUUUUGCGAUCAGUUAUGGUGCAGAGGGGAGCACCAUGAUUAUGGUUAUCUCUGUUGGUGACUUGUUCAAGCUGCCUGAUUCGCGUUCUCGUCAGCCAACGCUGGAUCCAGCUGUCGACCCAUUGCUUGUCGCUAAGCGUCUUCCUCGUCGACCACGAGAUCAGAUUAUCGACCGAGACAUUAGCCGUCUGACGGCAGAGGUCCCUGCGCCCACUGGACACGUCACAAUCGUUUUCACGGAUAUCAGGAAUUCCACUCCUCUAUGGGAAUUCAAUCCGGGGAUGCGAUCUGCAAUUACUAUGCAUAAUAAGCUGCUCCGUCGUCACCUGCGCUUCUGCGGUGGUUAUGAAGUGAAGACUGAGGGUGAUGCGUUUGUGAUCUGUUUCCAGACGGCCGUUUCUGCGCUGUGGUGGUGUCUCACGAUCCAGCUGACGUUAUUGCAGGAGGCUUGGCCGUUGGAGAUGCUGGAGUGUGAAGAUGGUAAGCCGGUGUACGAUGACCAAGAUCGUCUCGUUGCGCGGGGCCUUUCUGUUCGCAUGGGCAUGCAUUCCGGUUCUCCAAUAUGCGAAGUUGAUCCUAUCACCCAUCGAAUGGACUACUUCGGCCCCAUGGUCAAUCGUUCAGCACGGAUUGAACAGAGUGCGCAGGGCGGGCAGAUCAUGUGUAGUGCGGAGGUUAUCAAGGAGCUAGAGGUGAGUAGGGCGAUGGACUCUGAGGCGGAGGUUGAUCCUUCCGAUCCGUUAUAUGAGGCUUUGGAGGGUAUUCGCCGUAUGGGGAUGGUUGUUGUCCCUGUAGGCGAAGUGAAGCUAAAAGGUCUGGAGACACCUCUGACCCUUUCUACAAUUUACCCAUCUGAGCUGGAAGGAAGGAAGCAGCUUCAAGCGAAGCCUGCUUCUUCUAAUCCUUCCGGUUCUCGUGUUCAGUUCAGCAUCAGUCAAAUGUGCGACCUUGGGAUGCUCUGCCUCCGUCUUGAGGCCCUAGCGACCGGGCGUAUCUUCCGUAAGGUCGAGGAGGAGCCAACGCCGGAAAGGAAGCAGAGUUCAGCAUCCAUCGAAGAUGCCGAAGACGUCCCUCCCAAGUAUCUGUAUGGCGAUCCUGACAUGCUUCUUCCAUCCAUGAAUGACAGCAUGUCGGGUACUGAUCUCAUGUUGCUGCUGGAUUCCAUGGCUGGAAGGAUUGAAAAUGCGUGCCGGGCUAUCAUGGCGCCACUUACGGAGUCACCAGCUGCUUCACUGAAAGCCUCCUGGCGUACGGCUCUAGCUGCUAAAGGCGGGUUUGAUGAGGAGACGCUGAAUAUGAUUUUGGGUGUGUUAAAUGAUAUAUAGCUGUGUUUUAUUGUUAUCUCGCUUUCUCAAUGCUCGGUACAUAAAGGAGACAUUUCGGUUUAUUGUAGUCUAGUUGCAGCAUCCACCAUGUCUUUAUUACUGGUAUCAUUACAAUCAUAUACAGUAACAUUUACGAGAACUUUUUCGAAGACUUCCGAGUAAUGUCGAAAAAAGUGUCGAGGCUUAAUAAGGCACAUGAAAUUAUUU